AAAGCCUCUGGUCAGCUGACCGUCCCCUCAGAACACGUGACGAGCGAUUGCACAUCUGGGCUAACAUGGCUGUGGCUGGGGGACCUGCAUAUUGGCUGGGAAAGGAAACCCUGAGAGUACCGGUGGCCCUCUUCUCCUUGAAUAGAAAACGUCUAUGUGAUCGUCUAAGGAAGAAUCCAGCUGUGCAGAAAUGUUCUUUGGUUCUCCUACAGGGAGGGGAGGAGACGAAUAGGUACUGCACGGAUACUGGGGUUCUUUUCCGACAGGAAUCCUUCUUUCACUGGACUUUUGGUGUCACAGAGCCAGGCUGCUUUGGAGUCAUUGAUGUUGACUGUGGAAAAUCUAUCCUGUUUGUUCCCAGGCUCCCUGAAAGCCAUGCCACCUGGAUGGGAAAGAUUCACUCCCGUGAGCACUUCAAGGAGAAGUACGCUGUGGAUGAUGUGCAGUAUUCAGAUGACAUAGCCAAAAUCUUGGCUUCAUUGAAUCCAUCGGUUCUUCUCACUCUGCGUGGUGUUAAUACGGACAGUGGCAGUGUCUGCCGGGAGGCUUCCUUUGAAGGCAUCAGCCAGUUCAAAGUCAACAACACCAUUCUUCAUCCAGAAAUUGUGGAAUGCCGUGUGAUUAAGACUGACAUGGAGUUGGAAGUUUUACGCUAUACCAACAAAGUCUCCAGCGAUGCCCAUAGAGAGGUCAUGAAAGCAGUAAAAGUGGGAAUGAAGGAAUAUGAGUUGGAGAGCCUGUUUGAACACUACUGCUAUUCUCGUGGUGGGAUGCGCCAUAGUUCCUACAUAUGCAUCUGUGGCAGUGGAGAGAAUGGUGCUGUCUUACACUAUGGACAUGCUGGAGCCCCAAAUGACAAGACGAUUCAAGAUGGAGACCUGUGCUUGUUUGACAUGGGAGGUGAAUAUUAUUGUUUCUCAUCUGAUAUUACCUGCACCUUCCCUGCCAAUGGGAAAUUCACCCCUGACCAGAAGGCCAUCUAUGAAGCUGUGCUGAGAUCCUGCCGGGCCGUCAUGAAUGCCAUCAAACCAGGAGUAUCCUGGCCCGACAUGCACCGCCUGGCUGACCGCGUCCACCUGGAGGAGCUCACGCGCAUCGGCAUCCUGACUGGCAACGUGGACGACAUGGCUAAGGUCCACCUGGGCGCCGUGUUCAUGCCUCACGGACUCGGACACUUCCUCGGGAUUGAUGUGCAUGAUGUCGGUGGCUACCCCGAGGGUGUGGAGCGCAUCGAUGAGCCAGGCCUGAGGAGCCUGCGGACAGCUCGGACGCUGGAGCAGGGGAUGGUGCUGACCGUGGAGCCAGGCAUUUACUUCAUUGACCAUCUCCUGGACCAGGCCUUGGCCGACCCAGCCCGGGCCUGCUUCAUCAAUAGCCACAUCCUGCAGCGCUUCCGGGGCUUUGGUGGGGUUCGCAUUGAAGAGGAUGUGGUGGUGACUGCCACUGGUAUGGAGCUGUUGACUUGUGUGCCUCGAACUGUGGAGGAAAUAGAAGCAUGUAUGGCCGACUCCAAGAAGUCCUUCGCCUCCUUUCCUACCCAAAAGGAGUAGAGCUUGGGGGUCCCCAGCCCACUUCCUCCUCUGAAAUGAGAUAAUCCAUGGAGAGUCACUGCCUCACAUUUAUGGCUUUUUACAAAAUCAGCAGAGCAAAUCAUAAUAUUAAGUACCAAUGCCUCAUUACUAAAAUACCAUGUUUUCUCUGAAUGGUUAAUCUACUCUUCCAAGAAUGCAAUCCUAGUUCCUUGGGGAUGGUGGAUAGGGAAUAAAUGCUGAUUUAAAAGAAAUAUACACAGCAACAUUAGACAAAUGUUUCAGUACAUGCUGAGAAGACAGGAUUGUUUUCUCAGGAAAGAUACAUUUCUGAUUUUUUGUUUCUCAAAAAUCAGCACUUUUUACUCAGUUUUUCUUCAGUCUUUCUGUUCAGCCCAAAUUUGCAUUAAAAGUUAUUUCUUUAAA